AUGACGACCCUCCGCAUCGAUAACCUUACGCAGGAGGAGGCGGAACUCGUGCUGGCCACUGUCAUGCAGGCACUACGGCCAGUGAAGGAGCUGCGCUCAUAUUGUGCGGUUGCCCUUUUCACCCCGUGCUCGUCGUCCCAGAGCCGCCUUUUGGCAUUUUCCAUGGACCUCACUGCCACCAUUGUUUCUCAGGAUGGUUCGACGCCCCCUGUGGUGCUGGCCAUUCCACCACUUCCGCACUAUCUGCUGGGCGGCGUCAAGUACGCAACGGCUAUUUCGUGCAUGGCGUUUACCACACUUCUGCACCAAGAUGGCCCUCCAGUGUUAAUUAUUGGGCUGAGCAACGGUGCCUGGGGCGUGUUUGACCUCGGCGGCUGCCUGCUUUUUCCAUACAUAGGAGACUCGAGAUCUGGCUUAUCAAUUACAGCCGAACCUGUGAUUGAGAUUGUAACCCCAGAGAGCUACGAUCUCUCGCCAUCUGUUCACUUAACGGUCCGUCAGUAUAGUCGCGUGCUCCAUGUCACUCUUGAGGACCUCACUGCAGCCAUUGCACGGAACAUAGAAGCGGCUGGCUUUCAAGCUUGUUCAUUUAGAGACGCAGAUCUUGAAACUAGCCAGCUUCCAGUCUCCGUUCACGACCAGAACCUAUUCGCAAUUGAACUGAUGGACUCUGUAACUAUGGAGGCGUUGCGUCCCAUUGGAAAGCUUAAGAUAACCUAUAAGUCUGUGGUGUACUACUACUCUGAUGCCGUGUCCUUUAUCGUGGUAGACCUUACCCAGUUCCAUCCGUCGUGCAAUCUGAAUCUGAAAGAGCCGCGAAUACUUAGCGUCCCUGAGGAUCAAGACACACAGAAGUUACUUGCAUGUCCACUUCGAAUAAAUAGUAUGCUUAUUGAUGGGAGUCACUGCCUCAUUGUAGGCCCCAAUCCGUUUAUUGUCCGCAUCUCACCGGUCACUGUCGAUAUAGGCGCCAUCAAUCUACCAAGGGCCUUUCUGGACACCAUGGCCACCACUGUACUGCUACCAGACCAGGUGAUAUCCUUUUCUUCUAACGUCUUCAAAGUGGAGGUGCACGGAUGUACACGCGAGCAAGCGGCGGUGUAUGCCGCGCAAUACAUAGGUGGUAGCCUAGUAGAUCAGGUCAACUACAGCAUGGGAUAUCUCCGCGGCGAUUUCAGAGCUGAUGACCAAGACGUAGGUUGUGCCAGUGCCUGGGCAUUGACAACAAUGGAUAACGUAGUACCGGAAAUAUGUAGCCCCAUCUCAGACUUGGCUCUGGUACUCGACAAGGCAAAGGAUGCUAUGGAGGAAUUUGCUUCAAAUAGAUCAAAAGAGAUUCAGAAUGUAUUUAGCUCGUAUUUCCGUGUCCCAUUCAGCAUUUGGUGUGACAGCAUGGAAGCCCCACACAUCGUUGCACUGAGUGAUGCCGGGCAAGUACUGUGCAUGUCCCUUCGCUCCUUUGAAAUCUGCGGGUCGCGAUUUUUGUCCUUGCCUGCCACCUCCUCUGAUCUGUCCGGAGAACACUCAUUCACUAUCGCGGUGACCAGAGAUGCUGGAGGGGCGCGCCUCCGUGUGUGGGCGUGGAAGCCAGACUUAUCCAAUUUCUCCCAGACAUAUGAAUGGGUCAUUGCGUUACCGGGCCUAGAAAUAAUAUCGGAAGGCAUUCCUGAUGGUCAGUGUCUGGUCCAGUCCAGAAGAACUGCUUAUGCUGUUAAGGUAAUACCCCAGGGUACACUCUACUCUUUAGAGUGGACCGUAUUGGAUAAGGGUUGA